AUGCCAAACUGGAAAGCUCUUUUGAAACGGCCAUUGAGCAUUCGUAAAAAGAACGAAGAGAAAGCGGAUAGCUACACUAAGACUAUCCCCCAAAUUAAAGAAAAUUCGAAUAAAAAUAAUGGUAAUGAUGUCUAUAGAGGAGACAACAAUAGUAGUGGAAGUGGCAACAAUAGCAAUGGAAGUGGAAACCUCGUGACCGUAAUAAAAACAAUAACAACCACCGAUCCAGAUGGAAAAGAGACGACAAAGACAAUCACUUAUACAACAACUGAACCAAUUGAUUCAUUGGAACCCAAGACAUAUACAUUUGAACAUCCACCCUUGGAAGACGGUGUUCCAAUUGAAAGUUUACUCGAUAAAUAUCAUCCUCAAAGUAACGAUGAAAAAGAAAAAGGAAAUAUUUUAUCCGUUGUUGAAACUCAUCCAAAACACGAUAAUUAUGAAGACGACGUUGAAACUCAUCCAAAACACAAUAAUCAUGAAGACGUUUUUGAAACUCAACCAAAAAAUGAAGACUUUUUUGAAACUCAUCCAAAACACAAUAGUCAUGAAGACAUAGUUGAAACUCAUCCAAAACAUGAAAAUGUUUUGGAGACUCCUCCAAAACACAAUAGUCAUGAAGACGUUUUUAAUCACGAAGAGAAAUCGUCAUCAUCAACUUCUCCUCCCACUAGUAGUAAUUCUUCACAUUCUCGCACUGAUAAUUCUUCACAUUCCCACACUAGUAAUUCUUCACAUUCUCGCACUGGCAAUGUUGAAAAUGAUGAUAUUGAUCCUAUUAGUAAAAUUUCACAGGUCGUGACGCGUGAUUUUGUGGAACAUUAUAACGCAGCUGAACAAGAUUUUUCAAAAGUUGAUCACCAUGCGCGAACUACUCCGAGCUCAAAAACGAAGGACAUCCCGACCUUAUCCCAUUAUCUCACUUCACCAUUCGAUGAUUUUGUUGAUAAAUUACGUGCUAUAUUCACUUGGAUUGCCGAAAAUAUUGUUUAUGAUGUCGAUGCAUUAUUCUCUGGAAAUAUUCAUCAUAUGGAAGCAAGCCAAGUAUUACAUAAACGAUUGGCGGUAUGUGAUGGUUACGGUGAGCUCUUUAAUGCUCUAGCAAAAGAAGCAAAUCUUGAAGUCUGGAAAAUAAGUGGUCGGGCAAAAGGUGCAGGCUAUGUACCAGGUGCUGAUAUUGAAGACCGUCUAUAUGGACAUGCAUGGAAUGCUAUCUGCCUUCGUGGGGAAUUUCUCUUAAUCGACAGCACAUGGGGAGCUGGAAACGUGCGAGGAACCAAAUUUGUUAAACACUACGAACCAUUUUACUUUCUCACCUCACCCACCAAAUUCAUUUAUAGUCAUUUGCCGCGAAAAGAUGAGGAACAAUAUUUAUCACCACCGAUCACAGUACAAGAAUUCAUUUCAUUACCUUUUGUGAAACCGCCAUAUUUUGCCGCUGGAUUAUCGUUCACAAAGAGAAUGGGCACUAAGAUUACAGUCGAAGAUAGUAGAUUGGAAUUGGAGAUUGAGAGAACACGGCCGGAUGAAAGUAAAGCUUUGCAUGCAUAUUUGGAUUGGGAUGGAAAACAAGUGCCAGUGUUUAUACAAAGACUUGGCGGUCACGGAAAACGUGGAGGACGAUUAUAUCGUAUUUUAUGUGAGAUUCCAAGCAGUGGUGAAGGGAAAUUAAAUAUUUUUGUUUUGUUGAAUGGAACAGAGGGUCCACUGGCAACCCAAUUCAAAGUACACAACCACGGAAAAGGAAUUACACAUCAUUCACACACCGACUCUCCCUUUGUCACCGUGUUCUCCGUCCCACUCUCAUUCACCAUCCUCACUCCAAUUCAUCCUACCCUAAAAUAUAACACUAAACAACGCUUCGAAUUUGUGGUUUUUGAUCGAGAUGAACAAACAUUACCGGAAUUCUGUUUAUUCACCCCUGGAAAAGAUACCAUCACUAUACCAAAGGUUGCGAGAAAUUCGAGUGAUGGAAGUGUGAUUUAUGCGCUUGAGGCGACAUUGAAUGAAAAGGGAAAAUGGAAUUUGACAUUCUUUAAGGAUGAGGAGACAUUAGAUUUUAUGGCACAGUAUAUUGUGGAGUAA